AUGGCGUGUCAACAAGCGGAUGAUGAUGAUGAGGAAGAUGAGCUGUAUGAGUAUAACCCUGUGGCUCCUUCAACUGCUAUUGGGCUUGCUGGUGGAAGGCCCAAUAGAAGAAGUACUCCGCUGGCAGUUCGUACAUCCAUAGAACCACCACAGGCAUCGACUACACGUCCAGCAAUCCGACCGUCUACAUCAACUGAGUCUUUGGAUCAGCAGCCCUUGCAAAAGACAGUUCGUACAUCAUUAGAGGCAAAUGCAUCAAUUACACGUCCAUCAUCAAUUCGGACAACGGUAGAACCAGCUACACGUCCAGUAGGAAUCCGUCCAUCUUCAUCUUCAGAGUCAUUGGACCAGCAGCCUUUGUCAGCUCACUCAACCACGCCUAUUAGAACUUCUCAGCAACAACAUUAUUCUUAUUCUGGAAGUAAGCUGACAUUUCAAUCUAAAAACACUUUGGAACAACCACCAUCUGCUCGCGCACCUACUACACCUUUGGCUGGCAAUCAAGUUUUGUCCUCUCAAUCAAGUUAUGUCCCGGAACAGCCUCUAUCUGCUCGUUCUCUUGCAGCUAAUCGCUCCGGUCAAUUUGGAGGAAAGCCAAUUCCUUCUAGUGUGCCUCUAUCACUCAGGCCAGUUGCAACUGAGGCUCAACCUGAAGCUCGUAAAGAUAAAAGGUUAUCAGUUGAUUUUGGUACUUUCAAGUAUAAGGAACCUCCCAUUCAGCCAUCUUCUUCUGCUCUACAGGAUGAGGUUGACAUGCUUCAAGAAGAGAAUGAAAGUUUACUGGAAAAGCUUCGACUUGCAGAAGAGCGUUGCGAAGAAGCUGAGGCAAGGGCUAGACAGCUUGAACAGCAGGUUGCUAGUCUUGGGGAAGGUGUGUCAAUGGAGGCUCGUCUUAUAAGCAGAAGCAGCUCUACAACAAAGAGAGGCUGCUCUAAAAGUUGCAGCACAAAGUCAUCUCUGCGAACUAUGAGCAGAAGAAUGAUACUGAGUGAAGAGGAGAUGGAAGAGGUUGUUCUCAAGAGGUGUUGGCUUGCACGCUAUUGGACUUUAUGCCAAACUUAUGGCAUUCACUCUGAUAUAGCUGCAGCUAAACAAGAAUACUGGUCAUCCCUAGCUCCUUUACCAUUGGAAGUUGUGUUGGAGGCAGGACAAAAAGCUAAAGAUGACAACUCAUUAGGUGAGAUUAACGAUGGAGAGGAUAGAGAAACAAUUGGCAAUGAUUUGAAUGAACUUUCGGGAGAUGGGAAUGUGGAGAGCAUGCUACUAGUGGAUAAAGCUCUUCGAGAACUCACAUCACUCAAGGUAGAUGGAGCAGUAUCCCUAGCAAUGGCCCAACAAAGGCGCCCAACUUCAUUGAGAGCUACAGAUGACAUGAUCAGGCUACCAAUUGAAGGACAGGGCUUUACAGAAUCAUACGAAUUGAGUCCAGAGGAGUCAGAAGAUGUACAAUUUAAGCAGGCAUGGCUGACAUACUUUUGGAGAAGGGCGAAAAAUCACGAAGUGGAGGCAGAUAUUGCAGAAGAGAGAUUACAGUUUUGGAUCGACCAAGGUGGCAAACCUUUCACUUCACAUGAUGCUGUACAUGUUGAGCGAGGCCUCAUAGAGCUCAAGAAAUUGGGAAUUGAAACCCAAUUAUGGCAAGAAACUCGCCGGUCAAUAGAUCCAGAAAAUACCAAAAAAAUGCAAAAGGAAAAUGAUUUUUGA